GGGUGUGGGGAUGGUAAGCAGUCCGGUCUGUCUCUACUGCCUCUUGGCCACCCUUCUAAUCAGCUGUAAGCCUGUGCAAUCCCAGUGGACUCCGGGUCUCGGCCGGGGGAGAGGCAGGGAGACGGGGAGCGAGGAUGGAAUCAUGGCAGCCGGGAGGCAGUGGAGGAGCCCAGUACCCUGGAAGAGUUCAGCAGGAGCUGCGGCACAGUGAGCAGCGCAGGAUGGAGUUACAGAAGAUGCUCAAAACCCUGCAUAGAGACCAGCGCCUGAUGCGUGUGUCCGAGCUGCAGGCUCAGUGGCACGAGGUGAGCGAGAGAGAGAGGAGAGCGCGACUCCGCAACCAGCAGCUGCUCCGAGACUUCCAGAGAGUGGAGGAGGCCAUGGGGGAGCUCUCCGAACACAACGCCGCCAUGAGCAGGAUACGGACAGAGUAUGAGAGACAGCUGGAGAAACGCUUCCCUCGCUGGCAGAAGAAGCUGGAAGAGAAAUGGAGAGCAGCACAGCAGAGCAAACAGCAGGCCGAAUGGAGCUCUGAGCCAUAUGUCCUGAAGCCCGCACUGCAUAACUUUGUACCAGGAGGGGAGAGCUGGAGAGAGGGUGUGCCCAACCCUAGAGCUGGAGCCCCACAGCAUUCAAACACAGGCCUGGCAGGGAGGAGCUACAUCCAAAGCCCCAGUAAUCACCAGGUUCCUUGGCUGGGCGACUUCCUGGCCAAAACUAACCCCUUCCAGAAUUACGGGGUAGCCCCUUCAGCUGACCCCCUAGCUCAGGGUGGACCUGGAAGGGAGGCGAUCAACGACCCAAGAAGAAGGUUCCAAUCCCUGCAGGAACCAGCCAGCUACCUCUGCCAGCAGAACGCCUUCCAGUGGGAUUCCCCAUUGGAUUCCCCUCACGUUGGGCAAACAAAUCCCAAGAUCCCUUUCCCAUCAGGAUUGGGAGGAAGGCUGGGCAGGCAGAGCCGGGUGGAGGCGGAGCGGGCUGCCAGGCCGAGGGCUUCCCCCAGCAGUGGGGACUCCGCAGCGGAGAGAGGCAGCAGAAGAUCCAGCCGGGCGACCAAGCCAGCGGUGCUUCAGGAGACGCUGCCCAGAGCAAAGAGGUGGGAGAGGAUGGCUUCAGAGCCCCACGAACUGGAUGUGAAACCAGUGCGACUGUUGUCCGCUGGAGUGGACCUGAGUGAGAACAGCUCUGUCAGCGGCGACACAGGAAGUGAGCAGUCCUGGAGGGUCAGGGAGAGGAAGAAGGAGAGAAGGAAUGCUGGGAAAGGGCGGACAAGCCGGGAGGAAUCCAUUUCAGAGGAAAGCAUUUCAGAAGCGUCUCAGCAGCCACCUGAAGAAUAUGGACAGCUGGCUUCAAGCAAUGGAAACUCCAGGAGUGAGAAAAGAGUGUCCGAGAGAGGUCUGGAAGAGUGGGAUAAAGAGGGACGUCCCGUGAAUAUCACCACAGCAUUCCCUGGGACCCAAACCGGAACGCCGUCCAGGUCGGAAUCGGAAGAAUCAGAAAAACUGGGGAGGAGGGACAGUCAGGAACAGGGAGAAAUCUCUUUGGAGAAGGAAGUAGCACUCGUGAAUGGAAGGAUUGUCUCCAUGGGGAGGGAAGAGAAAAGGGGAGAAGGAAUCAGGGAGGAGGGGGAUAGCUUGGGGACAGACGAGGAGGGAGAGGCAGUUUAUUCGGGAGAGGAACAGCUGGAUCCGGUGGAGCCGAGCCGGGAAUCCUGUCUGGGGAAUAUUAAGGAUGGGGGAGUUGGAGAAGAUUUGGGAUCUCCAGUUGCCAUGGCGGUUGUGGAUUCUGCCAAGGCAAAUACUGAGGAAGAGCCGGAAAUAGGAUGCAAGGAUAGCGAGGCGACCAGAGAGGUAGAGGAGAUGGAAAUGGGGAAGGAGAGCGAAAUGUUCGGAGAGGAGCCGUCAGGGGAUGAGAGUGAAGGCAGCGGGAAGGAGGAGGGAGGGAGGCAGGGGGGAGAGGGGCAACAGGAGGGAGGAGGGGAGGGGGAGGAGGAAGGGAGCGAGGAGGAAGAGGAGCCCGAGGAAUCAGAGGAGGGGGAAGAGGAGGCAGGCGAUGAGGAGGAAUCGGAGGAGGAGAAGGAGGAAGUCCCGGAGGAGGAGAGGAGUGGAGAGGGGUGCGAUGGAACAGACUCCGAGGAUGAAAUUGUCACCUCGCGGAACAGGACAAUGCCUUCCGAAUCUCUAGGGGAGCAGAUUGAUGCAGAGGUGCAGUUGGACAGGACUGGAGGAGCUGCGCUGGCUGUUUCUGACGAAGGGGGAGGAGGGACAGAGAGCAGCGAUGAGGAGGGGGAGCGAGGGGGGAGCGAGGCCGUCGAGAGCGAGGGAGAGGAAGAGGGGGAUGAGAUAGAGGCCCUGCUGGCUCCACGUGAAGACAACACCGAUGAGAGGUUCCCCGGGGUGUCUAGAGCUGAUGAGGAGUCCACACGGAGAGGAGAUGGAAGGAUCGGGGAGGAGAAGGAGACUCCAGCCCAGUGCAGCCCAGCACAGACCCAGCUGGAAGAGCACAUGGAGGGGGGAGAGCAUCAGAGGGUGAAAAAUGAAAAAACGUUCCUUGUCAAACCCAAAGAGCUGUGGAGGAACUCGGAGGACAGUGAUUUGGGGACGGACCCCUCCCCUCGCCCCCCCCACACGGAGCGGGCAGGAGGGGGGGACGAGUUUGACGACUUUUAUGACUGAGAGAGAGCGCCAAGGAUCCGUAACGAGAGGAAAACUCUAGAGAGCUGCUCACAUCCACAGGGUCUGACACAGGGCAAGCCCACAGCCCUGCAGAGCUGCUGUAGAACCGGGGGAGAGACUUCCUGUUAGGGGCCACGACAGGGUGUAUACUAGUGGGUCCCUGACGGGCUUUUGAGGGGCUCCCGAGGGCCACAGCACAUACAGAAAAAUUUUCUCCAACUCUGAUACCUGACAAAGCAGUGUUCCACAGUACUGACUUAUUUGAUCUUGCCUGGAGAAUCCUAAUUGCCAGGGCUGAAGAGCCUUUCUCAUUCCGUUUAAAUCAUGUGACAGCCUUUUAAGACUGCUAGCCCUACCUAAAUGUGGGUGCGUGCGUGUGUGCAUGUGUAUGUGUGUGCGUGCUGCGCGUGUGUGUGCGUGCUGCGCGUGUGUGUGCGCGUGCUAUGUGUGUGCGUGCUAUGUGUGUGUGUGUGUGUGUGAAUGAUUGUAAACACCAUAAACAGUCAGAGAAAUGUACAAAAGAUCAUUUUUAAAAAAAACACGCCUAUAUUAUUGUUGUCCACCAGAGGGCCUCAGCGUGACUCAAGGAAAGGAACGCUGGGUUGACCAAGUUCACUUGGCAUCUGUUCCAGGGCAAAGUUUAAAUCUGUUUUGGUGUUUUUAUUUAUUUAUUUAUUUUAAUAAAAAGGGGGGUCAGUGAGCUGGAAGAACCUUGCAAGGUCAAACCCUUCAAAUAUCAAAUGGACUGAGCAAACAAGCUGGCAAUACACUGAGCUCACUUCAUCAGGACUUCACCAAUAACCUGGCUGAAGAAGCAUCAGAAACACAGAAGGGCUCAUAGAACCAAUAGACCUGGUUUUACAGCAUGAAUCUCCACAUACAGACCCUACAUUGCACUUGUCACAUAUUAUAUUAAUAUAGUUCAUUUAUUUGUAAUAAGUCAGCUUAUUGGGGCAGCAGUGUAGAGUAGUGGUUAGGGCUCUGGACUCUUGACUGGAGGGUUGUGGGUUCAAUCCCAGGUGGGGGACACUGCUGCUGUACCCUUGAGCAAGGUACUUUACCUAGAUUGCUCCAGUAAAAACCCAACUGUAUAAAUGGGUAAUUGUAUGUAAAAAUAAUGUGAUAUCUUGUAACAAUUGUAAGUCGCCUUGGAUAAGGGCGUCUGCUAAGAAAUAAAUAAUAAUAAUAAUAUACUUUUACCUAUAUAGCAUUCUUCUUCUUAAACACCCACCAGUGUAGACUUACACAAUGCAGUAGCUGUGUGGCAAAGUGGUUUGCAGUGUGCAGGAAUAGCAGAAACAAGACGCAGUGAAAAUGUUUUAUUUGGCUGGUUGCUUGAUAGCAAAACAAUACGACUGGCCAUACACAGCCAGUCAAACCACGGGGUUGAGUCCUGAAAUAAUAAUGACAUGAACAAGACACACACAAACACAAACAGGGUCACAAAUCCACAGUGAGUGCUAUUAGUGUAAGUGUUGAAUUACAAGUUUAAACGUGUAGUCUGGGUUUGUUUGCUGGCUGUUUAGCUACAGCUCCCGGACUUUAGCCUUCGAUAAAUGACAAACGUGACAGUUUAAUAGAGAGACCAAACAAAACACAAAAACUCACCGUUUCUUUUUACAACACAGUAACGGGUCCUUUCGUAACCAUAACAAAGGAACAGACUGCUUCGCCACAUCCCCUUAUAUAACUUCAGUCACGCCUCCUUCGGUAGCGAGUCCAAUCACGUCUCUUCCAAUCCAUGACUGACACAUCGCCUACCGCAUUAAGGCGAUGACUUCUGGUAUUGUGGCCCCGCCCCCUUUCUGGAUGGCCGACUUCCAACUGACCCUGGAAUGAACUGUCAAACCACCCAGUCCGGGGGACUCUGCUCCGGUUACACAGCGCCCUCACUGGUCGGGAGGGAGAUUGUUGACUAGGAUUCAUUCGCUCUCUGUCACACCCUCCUACUGUGCACGUCAAAGCCAUUCAGUAAUGAAUUUUUUAACUUGCACACCAUCAGUGCAAAUAUGCUGUCAAUGGGAUUGAAAUAAACUGUAUGGCUGACAGAAAGCCAAUGCCACCUGGGAUUCUGUGACGUACCUCAGUUUAAUGCAUGUUUCAUUUGUCUUGCUUUCUGCAGAGAUAAAUAUACAGCACGGAGAUGGCAAUAAGACUCCUAUUGCAUAGCAGCUUCACCCAUUCCAGGUUUUAAUGCAAGCUUGAUUAGCCACAGUGUCUUAUUAAACUCACAGCAAAACCAGGAAUGGUCCUAACUGCUAUGCAAUGGGAGUCUUAUUGCCACCCCUGCACCACGUGUAACUCAAGCCAGUUAUAAACCA